GUAGCUGCUGCCGCCGGUUGUUGACCGCGGGCGGAGGAGGAGGGAGAGGCUGAGCUGCGGGCCGGGAGCAUGAGGCGCUGCUGGCAGGCGGCGAGGUGCUGAGGUGAGGCGGCCGCCCGGGUGCGGGAACGCCGCUGGCAGCUGUCAGCGCCGCCGCGAUCCGCCGCCGAACAAAGGGGCAGCGAGACGGCGGCAGCCGCAGCGCCCCUGCCUGCGCCUCGCCGCCGGGCCGGGCGCUUCCCGCCGCUUCAGCCGCUCCGUGGCGGCCCCGGCUGCCGGAGCGGGCAAGUCCAGAGGCCGCCGUACCCGGAGCGGAGCGGGGGAGAGGGAGAGAGGAGCGGCCGCUGUGCACAUGGAGGCGCUGGGUGGCGGGCGCGGAGGCGCCGGGAAGGGCCGGGGAGAGCCCCUGUGAGGAGCCCGGCCUGCAGCAUGUCAGAGAGCAGUGCCACAAGUGGAUGAAGGGCAGAGGCAGGAGCGCCCCUGCCAGCUAGGAGAGCAAGAUGGGAAACACAACCACCAAGUUCCGCAAGGCUCUGAUCAACGGAGAUGAGAACUUGGCCUGCCAAAUCUACGAGAGCAACCCUCAGCUCAAAGAAACCCUUGACCCAAAUACUUCCUACGGAGAGACCUACCAGCACAACACCCCCCUGCACUACGCCGCCAGGCACGGCAUGAACCGCAUCCUGGGGACUUUCCUGUUCGUUCGGGACGGAAACCCGAACAAGCGCAAUGUGCACAAUGAGACAUCUAUGCACUUACUGUGUAUGGGACCUCAGAUCAUGAUCUCAGAAGGAGCUCUUCACCCUCGCCUGACACGACCCUCAGAAGAUGACUGCAGGAGAGCAGACUGCCUGCAAAUGAUCCUGAAGUGGAAGGGAGCGAAGCUGGACGAAGGGCAGUACGAGCGCGCAGCCAUCGACGCUGUGGAUAACAAGAAGAACACUCCCCUGCACUAUGCUGCUGCCUCAGGGAUGAAAACCUGUGUUGAGCUUCUGGUCAAACAUGGUGGAGAUCUGUUUGCAGAAAACGAAAAUAAGGACACCCCCUGUGACUGUGCAGAGAAACAGCACCACAAGGAGCUGGCUCUGAACCUGGAGUCUCGAAUGGUCUUCUCUCGUGACCCUGAGGCUGAGAGCAUUGAAGCUGAAUAUGCUGCUUUAGAUAAAAAAGAGCCAUACGAGGGGCUAAGGCUCCAGGACCUGCGAAGGCUUAAGGAUAUGCUGAUUGUGGAAUCUGCUGACAUGCUCCAAGCUCCUCUCUUCACUGCAGAAGCUCUCCUUCGGGCACAUGACUGGGACAGGGAGAAGUUACUUGAGGCCUGGAUGUCUAAUCCAGAGGGCUGCUGCCAGCGCUCAGGGGUUCAGAUGCCAACUCCCCCUCCGAGCGGUUACAACGCCUGGGACACGCUGCCCUCCCCGCGCACGCCGCGCACCACUCGCUCCUCUCUCACCUCCCCCGAUGAGAUCAGCCCCUCCCCGGGAGACCUGGAGACAGCUGUGUGUGACAUCUGCAUGUGUAAUAUCUCUGUGUUUGAAGACCCAGUGGACAUGCCUUGUGGCCAUGACUUCUGCAGAGCCUGCUGGGAGGCAUUUUUGAACCUGAAAAUUCAGGAGGGUGAAGCUCACAACAUUUUUUGCCCAGCAUAUGAUUGUUUCCAGCUUGUGCCUGUAGACAUCAUAGAAAGUGUGGUUUCCAAGGAGAUGGACAAAAGAUACCUUCAGUUUGACAUUAAGGCCUUUGUUGAAAAUAAUCCUGCUAUUAAAUGGUGUCCUAUACCUGGCUGUGAAAGAGCAGUGAGGUUAACGAGACAAGGCUCCAACUCAACAGGAUCAGAUACACUCAGCUUCCCUAUGCUGAAAGCCCCUGCUGUGGACUGUGGAAAAGGACAUCUGUUUUGCUGGGAGUGUCUUGGUGAAGCACAUGAGCCUUGUGACUGCCAGACGUGGAAGGACUGGCUGCAGAAGAUAACUGAAAUGAAGCCAGAAGAACUCGUGGGAGUGAGUGAGGCCUAUGAAGAUGCUGCCAACUGCCUGUGGUUGCUGACCAACUCCAAGCCCUGCGCCAACUGCAAGUCUCCAAUCCAGAAGAAUGAGGGCUGCAAUCACAUGCAAUGUGCCAAGUGCAAGUAUGACUUCUGCUGGAUAUGCCUGGAGGAGUGGAAGAAGCACAGCUCUUCCACCGGAGGCUACUACAGGUGCACUCGCUACGAGGUUAUCCAGCAUGUGGAGGAGCAGUCCAAGGAGAUGACAGUAGAGGCUGAAAAGAAGCAUCGAAGGUUUCAAGAGCUUGAUAGGUUUAUGCACUACUACACAAGAUUUAAGAACCAUGAACUUAGCUACCAGUUAGAGCAGCGCCUUCUGAAAACAGCCAAAGAGAAGAUGGAGCAGUUGAGCAGAGCUCUCAGUGGAACUGAGGGAGGGUGUCCUGACACCACCUUCAUCGAAGACGCAGUCCAGGAGCUGCUGAAAACCCGACGCAUUCUCAAGUGUUCUUACCCAUAUGGAUUCUUCUUGGAGCCUAAAAGCACAAAGAAAGAGAUCUUUGAACUUAUGCAGACAGACCUAGAGAUGGUCACUGAGGACCUUGCACAGAAGGUGAACAGGCCUUACCUGCGGACACCUCGCCACAAGAUCAUCCGUGCAGCCUGCCUGGUGCAGCAGAAGCGGCAGGAGUUCCUGGCCUCCGUGGCCAGGGGGGUUGCUCCCGCAGACUCGCCAGAAGCACCCAGGCGCAGCUUUGCUGGUGGAACAUGGGAUUGGGAAUAUUUGGGAUUUGCAUCCCCAGAGGAAUAUGCUGAAUUUCAGUAUCGGAGGAGGCACCGGCAGCGGCGCCGCGGGGACAUGCACAGCCUGCUGAGCAACACCCCCGAUCCCGAUGACCCCAGUGAGAGUACAAUAGACACUCAGGAAGGUGGCAGCAGCAGAAGACAUGGCACCUCCAUGGUGAGUUCAGCCUCUAUGGGUAUUCUGCACAGCUCUUCGCUCCAUGACUAUACCCCUGUCAGUCGCUCUGAGAACCAGGAUUCUCUGCAGGCUCUGAGUUCUCUGGACGAAGAUGACCCAAACAUCCUGCUGGCCAUUCAGUUAUCAUUACAAGAGUCUGGCUUGGCCAUAGAUGAAGAAACCAGAGACUUCCUGAACAAUGAAGCCUCUUUAGGAGCCAUAGGGACCUCUUUGCCUACAAGACUGGACACUGCUCCCAUCAGUAUAGAUAAUCCCAGAGGUGCUUCGAGCAGCUCUGAGCUGUUAGAACUUGGUGACAGCCUGAUGGGGCUAGGUGCAGGCAGUGAUCCCUUCUCGGCUGACCGCGUUCACUCUCACCCCUGCAGCGAGGCAAGAAGUGGGUUGUACUCAACAUCGAGUGACGCCGAGUCCAGCAGCCAAGAUCCCAACACCAGUGAGAACCUACUCGGAAAUAUUAUGGCCUGGUUUCACGACAUGAACCCACAGAGCAUUGCUCUGAUCCCCUCCACGAGUACAGAAACAGAUGAGGAAUCGCAGCAGCCCAGUACUGAAGAUGGCUCAGCAGGACAAGCGAACGCUGCCGAGGCAGGGCUGGGGGCUCAGGAGGAGCAUGCCCUGUUCGAGGACGCGCUCAAAAACGAAGGCAGAGGAACCCAGACAGAGGAAGGCGCUGCUGAAGAAAGCCUCCUUGCGGGUGAGACGGUGCCAGCAGGCGCAGACGGCAGCAGGGAGCUGCCGGGCGGCCCGAACGCUUCGGCAGACACUUCGAGUCAGACUGCUCAGAGCCCGAGUGAAUGGCUUGAACAUGUUCACCUGGUAUGAGCGAGCAGCCAAGCUGCGGCGGGCGUGCGGCAGGCGGCGGCGGGCGCGGAGCGAGCGGCGUGGGGGCUUUGUUCCACCUAACUGCCGCUCAGCUGUAACCACUGACGUAGCGACGGAUAGUUAGGAGCUCUCUCGGAUUGUAGUUCCUUACCAUAAUGUGAACCUUUCAAGGAAUAUCCUUUGCGUUUAAUUAGGUAGUCCUUGCCCUUUUUCUUUGCUCUCAAGAAAAAAGGAACAAGUAGGUUGUAUUCCACAUUCCUAAUACAAUGCAGCAUCUGUUUAGCCUUAGCUUGGUGAUCCUUAACUUGAAAGUACGGAUUAAAGGCUUACACUGGUUAUUUCAGUUGGGUUUUCCUAAGAAAUAGUUGAUUGCAGUCUUUUUGGGUUUUUUUUGAAGAACUCACUCUUUCACCAAAAGUAACAUUUAGCAAUUCGUUUGCCUUUUGUUCUCCUUAACUUUUCCCGACUCGUUCUGCGUUUUGGUUAGCAGUGUGAGCAGAGGUAUUUGAGCUUCUCUUUAGUACUGCUCCAGGAACAAGUCUGAGGGGAUAUUCUUUCCCAUCAAAGGUUUCUUCGUGUCUAUUUACAGUCCAAAUGUGCCAAACUGUGAAUAGCUAGCUGGCAGUAGCCCAACGGGACAGGGCAGUGUUACUCUUUCAGACUAGCCCCACACCCCUUAGCGGUGAGAGAAACCACUGGGUAGGUAGCAUUGCUUCUCUAAACCCAACUGGCACCCGUUGCCAUGGUGACUGCAUUGAAUGAGAUGUAGCCUGUAUCCUAAUGAAACCUAAGUGCUGCUGUUAGGCAGCUGUUGUGCAGAUGACAAGACAGCAAGUUAGCAGCAGCCAGGCUGUGUCUGAAGAGACACGUUACUGAAGUGCAAUCGUGGGCGUUGCUUCCCAGAGCCCAAGCCAGCAUUCUCCGCACUGCCAGUGCGAUGCUUCCACUGAGCAGCAUUUCAUAGACCCUAGGAGGAGAGCAGCUCCACCUCCUAGCCAGCUCCACACAGUUCAGAGAACACAUCCCUGCUCAACACGUUAACGGUGCCUUUUUGCCUAACCCCGGUGGCCCACGGCCACAGUUCAGUCAUCCCAACGCCGUUGUCUGUUCUGGAGUAACUAUGCUAUUAACUGCAAAGACCUCCAUAAAAACCACCCAUGGCCUUGCCUUUACAAGUAAGUAACUCAAUGUUCAGUCAGUGGUUUGGCAGAAACAAAGCACUGCUAGGUAUUUGUUCAAUUGCACAAUAGUCAUUUGCUGUGUGAUUGCUGUUUAAGUGUAAACAAAAAAAAUAAACUAAGAAAAAAAACCCACACAAAAAACCCCAACCAACCCCAAACCCAAACCAACCUUUUCCUAGUUGUUGUACUGUGGGGGGGGGAGGGGAAAUUUAAAUAAGUAAAAAAAACUCAAUCUACAGUUAGUGAGCUACAAGUGGUACAGUAUGUAACUACAACUAGAGUAAGUUGUUCCAAUGGCUGUUUUAAUGACCUACUAUCCAGACAUGAGCAAGUUCCAUGCACUCCAUUCUGAGUUUUGCUUAACUGUUACCAGAGAUUUGUUGAUAAUGGUAUCAAAGUUUCUUACUACUGAGUGUGUAUAGGCAAAGUAUCACAAUGAUAGCAAAGUUGGUGUAUUGGUUACUGUGAGUUCAAGUGAGUGUUUUGGUAACUGAUUCAUUGCCAAUCCAGCUUUCGAGCCUGGCAGCCGCAAGGUUCAUGCUAGUAAAAAAGCAAAUCAAUGAAGAGUAUUUGACCCUCAUGCCAUAAACCCCUGUUUGUUUCGCAAGCAUCUUUAGAAGGAAGGGAACACAACAGUCUCAAAUCAUCUGCCAGCUUUUCCUCUAGCUGCCCUGCUCCUGGAGGUGUUGCCCUCCUUCCUGGAGGUGUUCAAGGCUGGGUUGGAUGAGGCUCUGAACAACCUGGUCUAGUGGGAGGUGUCCCUGCCCAUGGCAGGGGGGUUGGAACUGGAUGAUUCAUAGAUUCGUAGAAUGGUUUGGGUUGGAAGGGACCUUGAAGAUCAUCUAGUUCCAAGCCCUUGUAAAAAGUCCCUCCCCAGCUUUCUUGCAGCCCUCUUCAGGUACUAGAACGCUGCUCUAAGGUCUCCCCCCAGUCUUCUCUUCUCCAGGCUGAACAGCCCCAGCUCUCACAGCCUGGCCCAUAAGGCAAGUUCUGCAGCCCUCUGAUCAUCCUCAUGACCCCCUCUAGAUCCGCUUCAGCAGGUCCAUGCCCCUCUUGUAUUGGGCUCCCCAGAACUGGUGGUGGUGCUGCAGGUGGGGCCUCAGCAGAGCAGAGAGGCAGAAUCCCCUCCCUUGUCCUGCUGCUCACACUGCUUUUGAUGCAGCCCGGGAAUACAGUUGACUUCUGGGCUGCAAGUGAGCAUCAUUGGCUCACCUUUAGGGUCCCUGCCAACCUAAGUCAUCCUAUGCUAAUCCUUGGGGAAGUAGCUGUUUCAGUUUGCUCUGUGGUAUCAGAGCCUUCAGCCUGAACAGUUCUCUGCAAACUAUGGCUCAGAGCCCUUCAGCACUGUUUCAGCUCCCCUCGCUCCCUCCAGUUCUCAUCUCUGAAGAGAAAGCUCCUCAGCAGCAGGUCGUGUGUUGCCUCGAGAUGUCUUGCAGAGUUCCAAGUGAGGUCAGGUGGUGCAGUCUGUGGGUUCUGUUUCUUUGCGUUGUGCCGUAUAAUAAUCCAUCGUUUCCCAUGUCCCUCUUACGAGCAUGAAGUUAGCUGAUGGAGAUUUGUAUUUUCUUGGUACUUUGACCCCAUAGUCAUUGACUUGACAGCUCAGAAACACAGAAAAGUCAACAUUCACAAAAAGUUUGGCGAGACUAUUUUGUAAACCUGUUAAUUUUAUAAUGUAAAAAGGAAGAAGAAGAAAAAAACUUAACCUUGAAUUGUUAUUUGCACUUUCAUAGUCUAUACUUGAUACAUUCCCACUUUAUAUACGAGUAGGAUACUACAACCAUGUAGAUGUUUGGCCAAAUGAAUGCUGUUAAUAAUAAUGUAAAAUUCUUUGAUUAAACAUUUAUUACUUAAACUAA